UGGCUAGCUGGUGCCUAAAUGUAAUAUUUCGUGCGUCAGGUAAAGCCAUGCUUGGUACCCCCGACACCUUUCUCUCGCGUGCUUUCCAGGUUUUCUCUUCCCUGCCCGCAAAUGCGUGCUUGAAAAAUCAUUUCGCAGGAGAAUUCAUUUACAGCGAAGAAAUUGAUUUUUGCAAGAAUGGCGCCAAAGAAACAGCAAAAGGGUCAAAAGAAGGAAGGGAAAAGCGGAGGAUCAAAAUCGGCUCCGAAAGUUCAAAUAACAGCUCAAAAUGAAGACAAGUUACGCAGGUUGCUGCUAAACAACAGAGCGUCUCUUCCCGCAGUCGGCGGAGGCAGCGGUAGCGGUGGAAUGUUGGAAGCGCAGAGGGCUAAAAGGCUUCGUAACAUUUAUGACAAGCUCGCUUGUGAGGGUUUCACUUCUCUCCAAAUCGAGCCAGCCCUGUCCGCGCUUUCUGAGCUGGAGGAAGCUACAUUGGAAGCAGCUUUAGAUUGGCUAUGUUUCAAUAUUCCUGGACAUGAGCUCCCUCAAAAGUUUUCAAGUGGGGUUUCUGUUGGAGAACAUGAAGAAAAAUCCGUUAAUGUGAUUUCAACUGCUCGUGUGGAUUGGACACCUUUUCAAGUGCCAUAUGAAGAUAACAGAAAACCUGCUUCUGUAAUUGCUUUCAAAUCAAACAUAAAUAUAGAGGAGGAGCCACGGAAACUACUACAAGCUGAGGGAGCAGAUUGGAUUCGGCGUUACAUGAGUCAACAGGCAGAGGAGGAAUGUGAAACUGGGAUCAGUGAUGAGGAGGCUAGCAAUGAUUCAGAUUGGGAGAUGUGGGCUAAUUCAAGUGAAAGAAUAAGGCGCAAACAGAGUCGAUCUGUUAUUGAUCCAGCCACACGUGCUGUAUCUGCUGCUGCAGAAUUUCAGGCUGCUAGACAAGCAGCUAUGGAAGCUAAGGAAAAAGGGGAUAAGCAGAAAAAGGAGAAAGCAAGCCGUCUGAUACGUGAACUUAAACAAGAGAUGAUUUCUUUAGGACUAUCUGAAGACAUAUUGAACGCAACUGUUCCAUCUGUGAGACCUACAGCAGUUGAUAAAGAAGAAAAACUGGAUUCGCACUUUUCAAUGAGAGAAAAAUUCUCUCUUGAUGAAAGAGAUAAAGAGAUGGCUACAAUUUUCUCCCAGGGUGUUUCUUCAGAUCAUGAAGCAGAAACCAGAUAUAAAAGUGCAUUUGAUUGCAGUGCCCCUGAUGGAGCUGCAAUCAUCCAGGAAAGUGACCUUGUCGAUAGAGAGGGUACAAUUCUUUCUCCUAGCAAACUGGAUUCAGCUUCAGAAAGGAUCACUAGUGGAGGAGGAGAAGAAGAGCAAGAGGCAAUAGAGAUGCUAGGUUUAUUUAAUGAAGAUGCUUCCUCAGAUGAAAAAGUGCCACAAGCUAUUCUGGAGAUUCAGAAAAAGGAAAAAGCUAUUGCAUGGACACAUGGAAAAGCUUCAGAGAAAAAUCAAGACAGGUGGAGAAAAAAUGGGAAAUCUGUUAAUGAGGGGGAUUUAACAAAGCAGCCUAAAGCUGUUCUGCAACAACAAUGUCAGAAAUGUGGUUGGGGAGCUCCAAAGUAUGAAAAGAUUUCAGGAAGGGGAAAUGCUUAUUCAUACAGUUUGAACAUCCUUCGUCCAACAACAGGGCGGGGAAAAAAUAGGAAAGUUGGUGGACCAAUAACUUUUCAGCUUUCAGAUCAAGAAACUGUCUUUGAAUCCGUCGAUGAUGCUCAAAAUGGAGUUGCAACAUUGGCUUUGUUUCGCUUAUUUCCUGAUUUGCCUCUGUAUCAAAUCCUUGCAGAACCUUAUCGAUCCCUCUUUCUAAAGUGGCAUACAGCAGAUGAAGGAACAAACAAGCAAGAGGAUGAUGAAGAUGCUCGCAGAGCAAUUUUUGUCAAAACAUUGAUGAAAGCUGAUCCAUCUUGCUCGAAAUCCAAAAAUGAGAAGGUGGAAGAGCCUGAUCAUAAACAAGCUAUUGUGGAGCAUGGCGAAACAAUUUUGACACAUAGUUCAGAUUCAGUAGAUGAGGAGAGACUUCAAUCUCGGAGAGAGGAUGAAAGCUACUUUUUAAAUCAGGAACUCAAGAGGAAAAUGAAGACGGAAAAGUACAAGGUGAUGCUGGAAGCUAGGAGGGCUCUUCCUAUGGCAGAGUCAAAGACACAGUUUAUUGAAUUAAUAAAAGACAAUGAUGUUGUUGUUGUCAGUGGGGAAACUGGGUGCGGAAAGACAACUCAGGUUCCACAGUAUAUAUUAGAUGACCUGAUUGAAGCAGGACAGGGGGGGUUUUGUAAUAUCAUAUGCACACAGCCACGGAGAAUUGCGGCAAUUUCUGUUGCAGAAAGAGUGGCAGAUGAGAGAUGCGAGCCACCACCUGGAUCUCAUGGAUCUUUGGUAGGCUAUCAAGUUCGCCUUGACAAUGCUUGGAAUCCUAGAACGAAGCUGUUGUUUUGUACAACCGGAAUUCUCCUUCGAAAGUUAGUUGGUGACCGCAACCUUGAAGAUGUAUCCCAUAUAAUUAUUGAUGAAGUGCAUGAACGGUCGGUUUUGGGUGACUUUCUACUUAUUAUUCUGAAAGAUCUACUUGAGAGGAGAUCUGCUACCAAAUUUAACAAAUUGAAACUUAUACUGAUGUCAGCAACAGUUGAUGCAACUUUAUUCUCACAUUAUUUUGGAGAUUGUCCGGUUAUAACUGCAAAGGGCCGCACACAUCCAGUGACUACAUUUUUCCUUGAAGAUGUUUAUGAUAGACUUGAGUAUCAUCUGGCUUCAGAUUCACCAGCAAGCCUAACUGACACUGUGAUGCCAAAGGUUGCCAAAAAUAUUACUAAAAAUAGUCAUAGCCGUGGAAGACAGAACCUUAUAAAAUCAGGAUGGGGUGAUGAAAAGGUUCUAGAGGAAGAUGUCGUGAACACAAACUAUGAUGAGAAUCUUUACCAUGGAUACAAACAACAGACACGGAAAAAUCUGCAAAUUCUAAAUGAAGAAGUGAUUGAUUAUGAGCUCCUUGAAGAUUUGAUCCGACACAUUGAUGAAAAUUAUGCGCCUGGAGCAAUACUUGUGUUCUUACCUGGCAUGGGUGAAAUUCAAAUGUUACUGGAUCGAUUAUCUGUUUCACACCAGUUUUCUGGUGAAGCAUCAGAGUGGCUUCUUCCAUUGUACUCGUCCAUAGCUGCAAGUGAACAGCGAAAGGUGUUUUUGAGUCCACCAGAAAAUAGACGGAAGAUUGUGGUUGCGACAAAUAUUGCAGAGACUUCCAUCACUAUAGAUGAUGUUGUUUAUGUCAUUGAUUGUGGCAAGCACAAAGAAAACAGAUAUGACCCCCAAAGGAAAAUGUCAAGUAUGGUUGAAGCAUGGAUAUCCAAAGCAAAUGCCAAGCAGAGAUGUGGAAGGGCAGGACGUGUCAGGCCUGGAAUUUGCUUCUGUCUUUACACACACUAUCGUUAUGAGAUGCUUAUGCAUCCAUUUCAGGUUCCCGAAAUGCUACGAGUGCCAUUAGUUGAGCUGUGCUUGCAAAUCAAAUCUCUUUCCUUAGGAGAUGCUGCCUCCUUCCUUCAAAAGGCUUUACAACCUCCAAGGGAAGAAUCAGUGAGGUCCGCAAUUGCUACAUUAUAUGAGGUUGGAGCUCUUGAAGGGAAUGAAGAGCUAACUUCUCUUGGAUAUCAUUUGGCCAAACUACCAGUGGAUGUGAGAAUCGGAAAGAUGAUGGUCUAUGGUACGCUCUUUGGCUGUUUGGCUCCAGUUCUUACAAUAGCAGCUUGCUUAAGUCAUAGGUCACCAUUUGUGUCUCCAAAAGAUGAGAAAUAUAAUGCCGAAAGGGCCAAGCUUCUACUGCUAUCAGAGAAGAUAGAUGGUGGAAAAGGUCAAAAUAUUGCUAGCGGACAACAAUCAGAUCACCUUUUAUUGGUGGCUGUGUAUAACAGGUGGAUGAAGAUCUUGAAGCAGAGAGGAGGCACAGCUGCACGUGAAUUUUGUAAAUCUUAUUUUCUCAGCAAUUCUGCAUUAUAUAUGAUAAGAGAUAUGCGACUUCAAUUUGGGAGCCUGCUGGCAGAUAUUGGUUUUAUCAAGCUUCCAAAGGUGGAUUGCAAAAAGAACGACGAGAUUUACAAAUUGCUUGAUGAUUUAUCACAACCUUUCAACAUUUAUGCUCAACAUUCUGCAAUAGUAAAGUCAACAUUGUGUGCAGGAUUAUAUCCCAAUGUUGUUGCAAUGGAAGAAGGUCGCAUAAAAUUAGGUCAUACUAGUGAUAGUGCUCGACCUAUUUUGGCUCCAAGCAAACGACCACGUUGGUUUGAUGGACGACAUGAAGUUUUUAUCCACCCUAGUUCUAUAAACCACAUGACAUCUGAGUUUCGUUAUCCUUUCAUGGUGUUCCUUGAGAAGGUGGAAACCACAAAAAUAUUUUUGCGGGAUACAACGAUCAUCUCACCAUAUGCACUUCUUUUGUUUGGUGGCCCAAUAAAUAUACAACAUCAGACUGGAACUGUCGUUGUAGAUGGCUGGCUAAGAAUGAAUGCACCAGCCCAAACAGCAGUUCUUUUCAAGGAGCUACGCCACACACUUUGUUCAAUAUUGCAAGAAUUGAUUCAGAAGCCAAAGGAACGAGUGGCAGUAGCAGAAAGGGAAGUCAUUCAUUCUAUUGUACAGUUACUUAGUGAUGAAGAGAAGCCACAAUUAUAGCCUCCUUAUCUGUUCUCGAGAUUUGAAGACUGGAAGUUGAAAAGUAGUCCAUGCCAUUGUACAAUGUAGCUCUCAUCUGUUUAUUUUCUAUGCAAUGAUGUACUAUAUAAUUUGAUAAUUUGCGUAGCUUUUGCACCAUAAAAUUCAUCCACGCAUUUCUAGAGUGAGGUAGAAAAGCGUGGCACACAUUUUGGCGGGAGGAAGAAACCAGAAAAUGCUUCAUGAUGCAACAUAACUUAGCGUGGUACACAUUAAAUUAUCUUUGACAGGGGGAAGAAACCAGAAAAUGCUCGACGAUGCAACACAAUUUGUAUUAGCAUGCUUAUUCAUAUUAUUUCUUUAGAUUGGGAGUGUUUCAUGUCCAAUAUUAUUAGAAAAUAUGAUGAUUUUAUUUUAGUCCGUGUCGGUUUACGGAAGCUAUUGAGUAUUUAUCGAGAUUUAUAAAGGUACAUUGCACUAUUUACAGGAACAGAACAAAUUGAAUGUGAUGGAAAAUUUUCCAUUUAAGAGCAAUUCAGUCGUGUACAAAAGCGAGCUGAAUUUAUAAAAUGAGUAGUAAUCAAUCAAGACUUUGUUCUCAUAUGAAUGAAAUGUUUUGUGAUCAAUGUAUGGACAUAAUGACAUGAAUAUGAAAUGUUGUGGUUUUUCCUUUCAA